ACAACAUCACAUGACAAUUGGAAUUACUCCAUCUUUAACGUCAAGCUACACGGACUGUCUUCUGAUUUGUCUUUCAGUUUUAUUACAGGAAAAAAUGCCAUUCUGCGGCCCGAAGUGUUCUCUGUGUUGCACCAUUGUUAGCAUAUGGGGGAUCGUUCAAUUGGUACUGAUGGGUGUGUUCUUUUACACUCACAGUGUGGCAUUGGCUGAGGACCUGACUCUAAAGGAGCACUACGAUGAUCUAAAUGAGUUUUACAAGGAUGUUAAUGCCAGCUACGAACAAAAUGCAUACAACUGUUGGAUUGCUGCAUUUAUUUACUUGGUGACACUGUGUGUCUCAGUUCAUCAAUUUUGGCUGAACAAUCGUGUUUCUUAUCAAGUCUAAAUUACGGUCAAACCAUAUUUUGAGGAGCCAUGUGGCUGCAUGGGGUUUACCAUUUUAUUAGAGCCUAAGUGUUGUAGAUCAUUGUCAUUUAACAUUCCUGUGUAAAUAUGUAUUGUCUGUCAAUUCAAUAGACUUAUUCCUUGGGCUUGAA